AGAGAGAGAGACAGAGAGAGAGAGAGAGAGAGAGAGACAGAGAGAGAGAGAGAGAGAGAGAGACAGAGAGAGAGAGAGAGAGAGAGAGAGACAGAGAGAGAGAGAGAGAGACAGAGAGACAGAGAGAGAGAGACAGAGAGAGAGAGAGAGAGAGAGAGAGAGACAGAGAGAGAGAGAGAGAGAGAGAGAGACAGAGAGACAUAGAGAGAGAGAGAGAGAGAGAGAGAGACAGAGAGAGAGAGAGAGAGAGACAGAGAGACAGAGAGAGAGAGACAGAGAGAGAGAGAGAGAGAGAGAGAGACAGAGAGAGAGAGAGAGAGAGAGAGAGACAGAGAGACAUAGAGAGAGAGAGAGAGAGAGAGAGAGAGAGAGUCUCAUCUAAAUAUUUGAAUACAAGAAAAUAAGCUGAGAACUGAGCUGGUGUGUGCAGUUCAGAAUCCAGUGGAGAAUAAACGAGGGCGUGACGCUGGAGGAUUCUCGUCCGUGUCCUGAAGUGAUACGGCCUCACACAGACAUCACGGCUCCAGCCAACAAAACCUGCCACCUUUCAUUUACUGCAUGCCAAUCAUGAUGGCUAGCAGGCUAACGUUCACGAGCCUGUUCACACACACACACACACACACACACACACACACAAAGAAAGACCACAAACUCCAUCAGCGACGAGAAAAGUCAGCCUCAGAGCUCUGCUACUGACCACAUCCUGUAUAUCAGAGCUGCAUCUUCUCACCUUCAGCUGCUGCUAUUCUCUCUCUCUCACACACACACACACACACCCACACACCCACCCACACACACACACACACACACACUGCACUGUCUUUUUUCUUCUCUCUCUCCGUUUCACACACUCACACACACUCACACACCCACACACCCACACACACACACACACACACACUGCACUGUCUUUUUUCUUCUCUCUCUCUCCCUUUCACACACUCACACACACUCACACACACACACACCUCUCUCUCCCUCAGCGCCAGAACACACCAGGCCAGACACAGCACAAACCCUCUCCACUAUAGAUUCUGAGUGCUGUAGAUUGGACUGGAGCUCAGACUCGCUCGGCCAACACUCGGUCUUUUUGCUGAGCCAGAAUCACUUUCAGAAAGUGGGUCAGAUAAAAAAUAAAUAAAUAAAAAAGUAAGAAAUAAACCACGAGUCUAAAAUAAACGCACCCACUGCAGAUCAUUAAUCAUAGAUUGUCGUGUUCAGCUCUGCACAGAGAGAACGAGGGAGAGAUAAAAAAGAAGAGGAAGAAAAAUCACAGAGCUCUGACAGUCGUCUGACAUCUGAUACUGACCCAAUACUGAUGUGCAUAAGUAUUCACACCCCUUGAACUGGUCCACAUUUUGUAGUGUUACAGUCUGGAACUAAAAGAGAUUUCAGUGGAAAUCUGUCAUGAGGCUCACAACCCAUAAUAUUACAUCAGUGUAAUUAAAGAAUUAUUUACCAAUAGAAAUGUAAAAGUUGGCACUGCGUAAGUAUUCACCCCCUACAGGAGUGUCAUAAUGAGAAGAAUGGAGUUGAUCUGUGAAUAAUGAAAGAAUAAUUAAAUAAUCCCAUGAUCUCAGUAUCAGUAAACCUGUUCCUGGAAGAACCCAGAGUGUGUUCGAGGUCGAGUACUCACCUAAACACACAGCAUCAUCACAACAACUCCAUCAGAAAAGAAUCAAUCUGGAUUUGGCUCUAAAAAUUUCCCAAACUUUAAACAUCCAGCAGAGUGACGUUAAAUCUGUUAUUAAAAACUGUAAAGAACACGACAGAACCACGAGUCUGCUGCGUGAGCAGGUCAAGAGGAGAUUAGUAAGAGAGACACACCCAGGACAAGAGGAAAGCUGAACAUGGUGCUACCACCACCACGCUUCAUAGAGGGGAUCAGGUUCUCAGGAUGGUGGGGAUUCAGGUUCUCAGGAUGGUGGGGAUUCAGGUUCUCAGGAUGGUGGGGAUGGGUUCUCAGGAUGGUGGAGAUCGGGUUCUCAGGAUGGUGGAGAUCGGGUUCUCAGGAUGGUGGGGAUGGGGUUCUCAGGAUGGUGGGGAUGGGGUUCUCAGGAUGGUGGGGAUGGGGUUCUCAGGAUGGUGGGGAUGGGUUCUCAGGAUGGUGGGGUUCAGGUUCUCAGGAUGGUGGGGAUGGGGUUCUCAGGAUGGUGGGGAUCAGGUUCUCAGGAUGGUGGGGAUUCAGGUUCUCAGGAUGGUGGGGUUCAGGUUCUCAGGAUGGUGGGGAUCAGGUUCUCAGGAUGGUGGGGAUGGGGUUCUCAGGAUGGUGGGGAUGGGGUUCUCAGGAUGGUGGGGUUCAGGUUCUCAGGAUGGUGGGGUUCAGGUUCUCAGGAUGGUGGGGAUGGGGUUCUCAGGAUGGUGGGGAUCAGGUUCUCAGGAUGGUGGGGAUUCAGGUUCUCAGGAUGGUGGGGAUCAGGUUCUCAGGAUGGUGGGGUUCAGGUUCUCAGGGUGGUGGGGAUGGGGUUCUCAGGAUGGUGGGGAUGGGGUUCUCAGGAUGGUGGGGUUCUCAGGAUCUUUGUGUCAAGGCCAAAAUGAUUUGCCUGAACUUUGAUUUCAUCAGACCAGAGAACAUUUUCCAUGAGUCUCCAACACGCCUUUUGGCGUCCAUUGGACUGUGGUCCAGGCUGCGGUUCUCCUGUGAACAGCUUCUCCCAUCUGAGCUGUGGAUCUCUCCAUCGCUUUCAGAGUUGAUCCUUUUUGCUGCUUGGUUGUUUUUACUGUAUUUGAACUCUUUUGCAGACCCUUUUAUCCAAAGUGACUUACAGUUAAGCCGAACAGCUGAUGGUUUUAAAAGAUUUGUGUGAUUUGUGAUUUGUGUGACAUCCUUCUGAAUCUCCACGUCCUGCGUCUGGCCUCGGCUGCCAGCUGUGCGAAAUACGGCUGCAGUCAGGAGCGUGAUUUAACACCGUGAUUAAAAAAAAUGACAAGUGAAAAUAUCUCAAACUUAUUCAAAUUGAUCUACUAUUUCCGUGACAAGAUUACAAUACACCAAACACAGUGGAUAUAAAAAGUUUACACACCCCUGUGAAAAUGGCAGGUUUUUGUGAUGCAAAAAAAUUCAACUAAGAUCGAAGCACCUUUUCUACCUUUAUGGUGAAAUUUUAACCUGUUAAUUAAAGUGAUCAGAAUCAUUUUAGAGCAAAAAAUGAAAAAUAUAAAAUGUACAAUAACCUGGUUGCAUAAGUUUCCGCACCCCCAAACUAAUACUUAGUUGAGGCACCUUUGGAUUUGAUCACAGCAUUCAGUCUUUUUGGGUAAAAUUUCCAUCAGUCUUCACUUUUUAUUAUAUUUUGCCAUUCUUCCUUGUAAAAGUAUUCUAACGCUGUCAGGUGGGCGGGGCGUCUCCUGUGCACAGCCCUCUUCUGGACACCACACAGAUCUUUGAUUAGAUUUAGGUCUGGACCAUUCCAAAACCUUGAACUAGUUCAUGUGAAGCCGUUCCUUUGUUGAUCUGGAGGUUUGCUUCGGGUCAUUAUCGUCCUGAAAGGUGAAAUUCCUCUUCAUCUGAAGUGCUUUACAGAAGACUAAAUGGUUUUGCACCAAAACUGACUGAUAUUUGGAGCUGUUCAUUAGUCCCUGCACCCUGAGUAAAGCCCCAGUUCCAGCUGAAGCAUGAUGCUGCCACCACCGUGCUUCUCCGUGACGAUGCUGUUCUUUUGGUGAUGUUCUGUGUUUUUGUGGCAAACGUAUAUUUUGGUAUUAUGGCAAAAACAUCAGCUUUGGUCUCAUCAGACCAGAACACGUUAUUCCACAUGGUUUUGGGAGAUCGGAUGAUUUUAAAAAAUUGGAUGAUUUUUUUUGGUUAAAAAAGGCUUCUGUCCUGCCCCCCUACCCCAACACCCAGAGAUAUGAAGAAUUCGGGAGAUUGUCGUCACAUGUAGGGAGCAGCUAGUACUUGCCAGAAAUUGCUGCAAUUUCUUUUAAUACUGCUGUAGGCUUCUCGGCAGCUUCCCUGAAUUUCAGAGGGACGUCCUGUUCUUAGUAGUGUCACUAUCGUACCAUAUUUUCUCCAGGUGUUGACGAUUGUCUUUACAGUGUUCCAUGGUUGGUAUAUCCAACGCCUUGGAAAUUUUUUGUAACCCUCUCCUGAUGGACAGUGAGAUCCCGUACCUGCUCUGUAAGCUCUUUGUGGCCCUCUUUGGACGUUACCAAGAAGAUGUCAGGAGAAUCCUAUAGGAGCAGCUGGACUUUAUCUGGGGUUAAUCAGUCACUUUAAUUGACGUCAGAUGUAAACUAUUCUUCAUCAUGAGUUUGAACGUGACUGGCGGAUUCUGCCACAUUCCCGGUUAUAAAAGGGUGUGUAAACUUAUGCAAGUUGGGUAUUGGAAGUUUUUUUUAUUCGUCUUUGUCACUUGACAGUUUCAUGUUGCAGUUUCACAAUAAAGGAAGAAAAAUGUUCUGACGUGAUUUAACUUACUUUCACUUUUUUACACCACAAAAACCUGCCGUUUUGACAGAUUUCUAUCCCUAUUACACUACAUCUGGAGGAGAUUGUUAGACUAAUUCUAGACAUAUUUUUUAGUAUUUAAAGCUCUCACUGUUUGUAUUUUGUUAGCAGAAUAUUUUGCUUUCUUCUUAGAAAUAAAUGCUUAAAAUGAGCAGAAUGAUCUGCUAACAGAACAAAACUAUUUCAAGCUUGAAAUUAUUAUUAUUAUUAUUAUUAUUAUUAUUAUUAUUAUUAUUUAAAUCUAGAGAGGUUUAAUAAUCUUAUAUUUGGUUUCUUGCGAUCUUCUCAAAGGAAAUGCUAGAUCAGUUUGACUAUAUACAAUAUAUUUUAACUUGCUAAGAUGUCAUUUAUUGCAGCUCGUGCUGCAUGAAGUGUUUUUUCUGAUCCACAUAAUUGGAUCAGAUCAGAAAAGACAUCAAACUCAGAUCUAAUACCAAUCUAGAGUCCUGCCAGUGAGACUCAGCAGGUGAUCCUUAUCAAUUCAAAGCAGGUUGUAGACUCAAACACACACUCUGUCCUCCGGUUCGGAGGAGAGAAGACGAGGUGAAGCCACCAGAAAUGAAUCAGACAGGAUUAGACGAGAUUAGACGAGAUCAGAUUAUAUCAUUACAAAAUGGACCUGCUGUUUACAGGACACCUGACUUUCAUCUUCAACAUCAAUUCAGAUCAGUGAAUAAAUAAAACCAGGUUUAUAAUCCAGACACAUUAGAUUGGAUCCGUGAUCGUUUUUCCAGUUCAGUCACAGAUAAUGAAGCCUCUGCACCUUGCUAUGGCUGGGUGUUUCUCUUACAUCUACAAAACCUCCACAUUCGUGUGUCCCGUUUUUAAUAAACUUGUACCUGAAUCUGUAAUUUCCUAAAUCAAAUAUGCUGCACAGAUGAAGUGUGAGCAGGAAGUGAUGAAUAACAGUGGAACAGAGGAACGUGCCUGGUUCUGAUGGCACCGUGGGACUGCUGGAGCUCGGGUGAUGCCGGGACUCGGCUGGUGGAGCUGCUGGUGUUCUCUCGUGCUGGUGCAGAUCGGUACACUGGAAACACAACCACUUGUUGCAGA